UGAUAAGUUUGUUCAUAAACGCAGGUAGAUUGAAAACGGCAGUAUAUUAGAACAGGCCCCAGGAAUAAUCACGUCACACGAGCUCGAAGGGGAAACGCCGCGCAGGAAUUAUCGGUCAUCCGGAGGACAGAAACUUCGCGAAAGGACUUUUAUAGUUUGAGGAAACAAACAACUUUAAGGGCUCCAAGUUUAAACUUUAAGGUCUCACGACAACCACACGUACCAAGAGGACAGGCGGAUCAAGUGCGAGAUAUGGAGAAAGGCCAAGUGAUCUUAUUUGUUUGUGUAUUCGCCGUUAUACUUAUCACAGCCUCGAGUAAAAGCAUAGAAAAUGAUAAAAACAGAGAAAAGCGAGCAUCGUCAGACCAGCGUGUAGCAGAACUUCAGGCUCUCAUUGCAUUAUCACGAGGGAGCGGAUUGGUGGGACACGGGCAUAUAGAUCCUUUUAUGGCUGGAAAGCGAAAGCGUGCUGAACUGUUAUCCGCAUUGAACCCUACCGAGAAGGACCGAUUACUGAGCACGCUGAUAGAACGAGUCCUGGCCGCGCGAGCCAAUGAGGACUCGUAAAGAGGUCGGCCGCAACCUUCGUCUCCGAGACGAUUGCAGUGCACCAAAUGAUAUCAUCACACCCCAUUAUGAAAACGGACAACUCUUCGAACAACACCGCUUGGUGGCCUAUAGGCAGCAUAGACUUCACACCUUUGGACUUGAAACUGGAGAAAACUCUGCUCAAAGGAUAGGGCAUACAGAACGUCAAUGAAAUCCUGCUUCAUCAAUUUUGAACUGUGUCAUUAUAAACACUACUGUAUACCAUAUUCCAAACUAUUUUAGGGGCGACUUUAGUGAGUCUAAUUGACAAGAGGCAUAGGUAACAUUAACCACAGGGGGCUGUAUCCAUUUCUUCAAAACUGGCUGAUGGGAGGUUUCUUCAGGUGACAUUUACAUCAACGUAACGCGUUUGAUAAAUGGGAACAGUUAUUUGCACAACUAUAAAUCCAGGCAGGCCGAAUAUUGAGUCUUCGGUAUCUCUCAGAAUCCUGCUGGCUUGCCGAACCUCCUAUAGUGGGGCCAUGUUCGACAAAAUGGAAUACAGUGCUCUACCGUCAAUGAGCCAUCAACAGGUGUUGUUGAAUCGUUGUUAUAUGCAAGGAGCACUACACGUGGGGAUUUCUGCCGAACUUCAAGUUGUGGUAAGGCGUUUUUCCACCUCUGUGUUUAUCGCCGCGGUUUGCAAUCUACGCUCGAUCUCCGCAGGCAGUGGAUUGGAGUCAAUAGUUUGAUAUGAACUCGUACACUGCCUGUCGACUGAACGUACACCGCAGCGUAAAAUGCCAAGUGGUAAUAUGCCUUAUCUCGCUGCUCGUCAAGCGCCGAAAACUAGCAGCGUGCCAUGUGCGCCUGGCAGAAUACUUGGCGAACGAGGUUAACAAGAUCCCUCAAAAAUGUUUCCUUUUAGCUUUGUGUUUUCGUAGUAUUUAGGAAUGUUUCGUUAACUUUGUGUUUGUUUACAGUGAUGAUAGAGUUGGAUGAGAAAACGUUUGCGUCAUGGUUGAAUUUUGGGGACAGAUAUCAUUUUGGGGGUAAAUAUUAUAAAGUCUCCGUCGGCUCAAGUCUUGAACGGAUCGUGCCCUGCGCGAGUAUCCUAGUCACUGAAAUCAUAUUCCCUUGACCAGACUUGAUUAUAGUAAGUGAAGAACCAUGUUCUUGACAGUAGAUCAAACAAGAACAUUACACUUGAGGGUUUGAGUCGUCAAGAAUCAACAAGGUCUGUUACGAUCCCUUCUCAAUUUACGGUUACAUAAGAUGGCGGGAGAUGACUUAUAAGAUACAUCUCCAACUCGGAGUGUACAUUUUUGAUAUUGAUAAAACACGGGACGCUAAAAUCGCAAGAAAUUAUUACGAAUAUUGUAUAGAGGAGAACAGUUCAAUACAGGCGUUGCAUGCCACAUUGUUAGUCACAUGGGCUACCGGCCGCAAAUUUACAGCAUACCAUGAACGGAGAUUGCGUUUAGAGAUGGCAUUACUUUGCAUAAGCUUGGGUUGAGUAAUAUCUGCAUGUGUGACAGGUUGACAGAUUGUAUCGUGGUCCACACGGUGUUUAUUGAAUUUAGUGAAAGCCCUGAAUAAAGUCUGCUCCAAAUAACAAA